GCAGGUCACUCAGCGGGAAAUGAGCCACAUGUCCAAACACAGUUCAGGAAGGAACAACAGAUUUCAGCAUGUUGACAGCAGCGAUACUGUCAGCGCUCCUGAUGAUGGGGGGUCUCGGAGGGGCGGCGGCGUCUGACUUCCACGUCUUCGGAAAAUCCUUCCACAACGAUGAAACCCUGCGGAGCAGCAUCGACGACAGGCACUCUGUGAGGAAACAGCCGCGCCAGCAGGUACCGAGUGGGCUCCGCAGAAGUUUGGAUCUGGAGAGCUUCAAGCUGCACGUGACCCCGGCCACCAGCAGGAACAGCCUGCCGACCAUCAUCAAGCUGUACCCCCCCACGGCCAAACCGCUCCACAUGCACGCCAACAUGCCGCUGCGCUUCGGCAGGGACAGCAACGACGAGAGGGUGCCCAACUCCAGCCCCAACAUGCCCCAGAGGUUCGGGAGGUCCUGGGAGUUGAUCCAGAUGUGCGGAGAGUGCCGUGAGGCGCGAGACGCCCCCAGCCCAGUGCUGCCUCAGAGAUUUGGAAGAGACGCUCCUUACUGGAGCCUCCUCAGGACGCUGGCCAGUGAACACUUGUUGGACGCUGGCUUGCACUGGACUGAAGAUUUUGACUACAAAACCAGUUCUGAAGAAGAUGUCGACACGGACAAAAAGACCUUCAAAGGAUAGCCAGAUCUUCUAUUAAGUCCUGGUCCUUUCAUUAAGUGUUAUUAUUGUAAAGAUGCUUCAAGUUAUUAAAGCUUAGAUCUGGAGUAUUUCCAUGUAGAUGUUGUCUUCUGAAAAUAAUGUCCUUCUCUGUACUGAAACUGAUCUUAUAGAAGAAUGAAGUUUAUACAAAAAGUAAAAAAAAUAAAGCUUCAAGCAAUGAGAAUGCAAAAUGUUA